AUGGGGCCCUGGGGAGAGCCAGAGCUCCUGGUGUGGCGCCCUGAGGCAGUGGCCUCAGAGCCUCCAGUACCUGUAGGACUGGAGGUGAAGUUGGGGGCCUUGGUGCUGCUGCUGGUGCUAACCCUCGUCUGCAGUCUGGUGCCCAUUUGUGUGUUGCGCCGGUCAGGAGCUAACCAUGAAGCCUCAACCUCCCGCCAGAAAGCUCUGAGCCUUGUAAGCUGCUUCGCAGGAGGUGUCUUUCUGGCCACCUGCCUCCUGGACCUGCUGCCUGAUUACCUAGCUGCCAUCGAUGAGGCCCUGGGGGCCCUGCAUGUGACGCUCCAGUUCCCCCUGCAGGAGUUCAUCCUGGCCAUGGGCUUCUUUCUGGUCCUGGUGAUGGAGCAGAUCACACUGGCUUACAAGGAACAGUCGGGGCCCCAGCCUCGGGAGGAGACAAGAGCACUGCUGGGAACAGCGAACGGUGGGCCACAGCACUGGCAUGAUGGGCUGGGGGUUCCACAGGCAAGUGGAGUCUCAGCAGCACCCUCAGCCCUCCGUGCCUGUGUCCUGGUCUUCUCCUUGGCCCUGCACUCAGUGUUUGAGGGGCUGGCAGUGGGGCUACAGCGAGACCGGGCCCGGGCCAUGGAGCUGUGCUUGGCUCUGCUGCUCCACAAGGGUAUCCUGGCAGUCAGCCUGUCCCUGCGACUGCUGCAGAGCCACCUGCGAGCACAGGUGGUGGCUGGUUGUGGGAUCCUCUUCUCAUGUAUGACACCCCUGGGCAUCGGGCUGGGUGCAGCUCUGGCAGAGUCGGCUGGGCCACUGCACCAGCUGGCCCAGUCUGUGCUGGAGGGCAUGGCAGCUGGCACCUUCCUCUAUAUCACCUUCCUGGAGAUCCUGCCCCAGGAGUUGGCUACUUCUGAGCAGAGGAUCCUCAAGGUCAUUCUGCUCCUGGCAGGCUUUGCCUUGCUUACUGGCUUGCUCUUCAUCCAAGUCUAG